AGGCCUGUUAUAUUAUCUUAACCCUAGAGGGAGUGAAGACUCCAAGUUACUUUGCAAUUAUAUUUAUAAUUUAAUUAUAUACAACUAAUAAAUAUAUUAAUAUAUUUUUAGUGAUUAGAAGGUUAUAAACUUUUAGGCCAGACAUUAUAGGGCAAAGUUAAAACCAUAAAGUUUAACCUUUUAGAAGAAGAAAAAAAAACAUUUUAACGCGAUUUAAGCUUAUUGACUUUCAAGAUUCAUAUAAAAUAAUAUAUGUUUUAACAAAUCGACCAACCUGCGUUAGUUAUAUAGAUAUCUAAUAAGAGAUUAUAUGUAAGACUUUCAAAUUUGUUGAAAAAAUCAUUUAUCGCACACUGUAGUGUACUGCUGUAUAAUUUGUGAAGCUAUGUUUUAUAUUGAAAUAAAUGACAUCGUAUAUGGUUAAGCCUACAGCGUACACUGUUAGAACGAUAUUCUUUCUCUUCCAUUAUUUUCACCCAACUGACAUGUACAAACGCGACAUAAUUUACUAUGGCUUCGUUGUCCGAAUAAUUGAAAACAAUAUUAACAGUGCUGGUGACAUAGUGAGAUAGAAAAACAGGUGAAAUAACACAUUGAUGUUCAAGUCCAAAAUGAUAAUAUCUGGAGUUUAUUCAUACACCACACAAGAAAGCCUAAAUGGAACAAAUAUAACAAAUUUAGUAGCCAGCCUUGAUUUACCGUCAAGAUCACGUGCAAUGCAUUAUAUACAGAUAAUUGAUUAAAUUAUUCGAGUAAAUAGAAUUAAAUGCGAAUCCGACUCAGUCCAACGGACUUGCUCCCAGCAAGAGACAAUGACAGGUUAACAUUGGAAUGCAAUCACAUUUCCCAUCACCUUUUCUUUUAUUCCAAACUUGCUGUAAUGUUAUGUUUGUAAAUUACAUGAAUAAGAAUAAAUACUACGUCUAUAGAUAUACAUUGUUUAACACCAUACACAUAAUAUAUCUAAUGUUAACAGACUAUUCUCUUUAGGAAUUUGUUAAAUUAAUAAGACAUAUUCCAAAACCCAAAUUUCCGAUCCAAACUAAACUUGUUUCUCUCUCUGGCCCGAUUCCCAAGGUGCGCCGCUCAUAUGAAUUUCCUCCGCUCCAACGCCGCCGUUCUUUCCCCUUCCCUCUGAAGCAGCUCCUCUCCCUCUCCAUGGUCCUGAUGGUGACUCCUUUUCCGUCACGGUUCAGACCUCCUCCAGAUCCACCUCCUCCAGAUCUGCCGCCGUGGUCGCUGUGUAAGUCUCGUCCGUUUAAAGCUCGCUUCCUCAUCGUCCCUCCAGAACCUCCAGAACCCCCAGACGUUCCCCUUCUCCUCGCUCCUCUCCUUCAAACCCUCGAAUCCUCCAUCAAUCCCGUCGUCUUCCUCCCUCGUUGCAGCUCUCUGGUUCCUGUUGCUGUAGCUUCUCCUCUGAGGUUCUUUGCAUCGACCAUUGGUUUAACCGGGACUGUUUUCGGGUUAUUUAGAGUGUGUGUUUCUACUGCUUGGUGCAGAUUUCAGCACAGUUCCUCUUUUCAGCUCGAGCCACAGUUUAUCUUUGCAGAAACCUCCUCUCUCUUAGUCAAGCUUUCAAAAGGGACUGAUGCUUCUAAAAAUGGAGGUCUUGGAUGGUGUAUCCAUGGUAUGGAUGAAGCCCAUGACUCUCAAAGCUCUGCUAGGAUACUAUAUGUGGUCUCAACCUUUGCAGCCGAAGCUUUGACGCUGCAGGUGGCCCUUCCUUCAGCAUCAUCUGCUGGAUUUUCAAAGCUUCAAGAAAUUUGGGACUCUAUUGUCCUCUUCUCUACCCUGCAUUCAGGGAUGGAUUUGAACGAGAUCGCAGGUUGUCUCCUUACAAACCUUGCCACUCUCUUCAGUCCUCUAUCAUUUAACUUUUAUCAGUGCACGGCAUUAUGUUUGGCUGUUGCAAUUGCAAUGUGUGUUUUCUUCAGACUAUGUUCCUCUAUUACUCUAUUUUAAGAUAUGAAUGAAAGAAAUGUUUGACAAAAAAAAAAAAAAAGACAUAUUCCAGACUACUAUCCCUCGUGUGCUUUGUUGAAUUUUGUAAGAAAAUAUAGAAAAUGGCUAUUCAAUUAAAAAUGAACUGAAUAAUUAAGUAGCUUCGAUUAUGUAGACAAGUAAACGAAAAAGAUGUAAAAUAAGAGAUAUGAUUUCCAUGACAGAUUUAUGGUUUCUAAUUGAAUAUUAAUACUUACUUAAUUGGUCAAAUUGACUUCUUUACAACGUGAGCCAACAAAUAUGGUUCACACUUGACACACAAAAGUCAGUCGAGUGUGAGCAUCGCCUUUUUUAUUCCUCUUGCUCGUAUUACAAUAUAAAUAUAGGUGAACGUGUUACAGUAUGAACAAAUUACAAACUAAAAAUAACAGAGACUUUAAUCAAAAUAUUAGCUAAGAAUCGGAAAUGAUAUAACAAAAAAUACAAAUGAAAUUUUAUUAAUGAUAACUGGUUAUAAUAAUGUUAUUAAUGAUAACUGGUUAUAAUAAUUUUAACAAAAUUUAUGUGAGAGUAUCCCAUUAAAAAAAACUGAUUUCUCAAGAGGUGCACAUAAUCAUUCUAGAUGUCUUAAGUAACAAAUAAAAAAACAGAUUUUCAUUAAUUUGGAGAGUAAUCUUUUUUUUUGGAGAUUAAUCUUGAUUUCAUCCAACUAAAUAGUUGGAAUACGUAUAUAUUCCUAAAUUCAGGUCAAUGUACAGUAUUUUAGUUUGAUAAGCUAAGAAUUAUAGUAAAUUUUACUCAGUGACUUAAGAAUUCUUUUUUGCCACAAUAUGCUUUACAAAUGCAGAAAAAAUAUACCAUAGAAUUAAUUCAAUUGUAAGUAGUAAGUAACUAUCGGAAACAAGUCGACAAAGAUACUAUCGGAAUAAUCUAUUCAACUAGUUGUAGUGGAUUAUAUGUGUAAUGUGCCUAGUGUUAAAUAAUACAAUUGAAAACGUAAAAGAUGAAUUAAUUAUAAUUGUACACAGAAUUGUAGCUCAGUAUACCUGAUUUUUACCGUUAGAAAUUUGGUUUCUACGUACCUUUGAAUUAUACCGUUAGAGUAAAGCCAUUUAUCGCUUUUGGACUCACCGACCACAGAAACACAACAAAUAUUAGAUCAAGAAAAUGUCAUAAUUACCGAUUUAUGCUAUAAAGAAAAACAUAAUUGAGGUAUUAAAAGCCGAAGAUCACGGAAGAAUGUCACGAAGUUGAUUUGCCAAUUGAAUAGAUAAAGUAAACAGUUCUUAAUCAAUCUUUGACGACCAUUUUGGUGCUAUUUUUCACCUAUUAAUCAGGAAAAUGUUUUUCAUACUUCAACUAUAUUUCUGUAUGAGAAAAAAUAAACUAUUUUCUUUAGAGAAAUCUUUAUUAACCAGUAUGAAUUGAAGUUAUGGUAACAAUUAAAGUAUGAAAAUGCUGUUUCCCGCUAUUCCUUAAGUCAGGAUCGUCCUGUGGAGCUGAUUUAAUAAAUUAAUUUGGAAUUAGGAUUUAGGACUGCUUUUUAAUUUAAAAAUGGAGUCAUAUAUAUAGAUGAAUUAUAGAGAGGUGAUGGGUUAUGUUGAAAAGACUCUAUGUUUCUCACCAACCGUGCCCUACUCGUGAAGUUAAGAAUCAUAUAAACCCAUAAAACCAGCUUAUUUGAUUCAAUAUCUUGUCUUUUUCUUCAUAAGAUUUUGAUUAGUAUCAAAGUGAGACUAACAAGUUAUCUAUACUUUUAUGUUGGUUUUAGACUGCUUUUAUUUUUCUUCGUAUGUCACAAUAGUUAACUACCAGCAUCAAUAAAAGUUGAAAAACUAUAAAACAAAAACCAAUGAGUGUUAUAAGAGUGUUAAUGGUCAAUAUUCCCGCAUAUGAAAUUGUAUCACAAUGUUUAGAGAAUCUCAAAUUUUAUAUUCUGAAUGAAGUUUGGAGUAAAAUGUUCUCUAACUCUAUUUUAUUUUUAUUUUACCAAAAAGUACAAACAAAAUUACUUUUAAAAUAUUUUUUUAAUUUUUUCUAUAUUAUUGUUUUUUAUUAUUUUCAAAUAGAAUAGAGUUAAAUAAAUUCAACAGUUAUAUUGAUUAUUUGAUUUUAAAACAAAAAUAGAGUAAUACAUUAGCACUUUUUUUAAGAAUAUGCGUAUAAAGGACAAAUACAUAUAGGCUGCAACCGAAUAGUAUUUUUUGGAAUGAAAUAAUGUGAAAUACUUUGUUCCAGUAAUUCGAUAAAAAAAAAUACAAUUUGUCUCUAAUGAAAUAGAAUGUUUGUACCAUCAAUUCCAUAAGAAAAUAAAUAAAAUACAAAAGAAAUUAUUUAUUACUUUUUCCAUUUUGCAAAGAGUGUCAGUUUGAUACUUUUUAUACAUUAAAAAUGAUUAAAACGUAUUUGUGUUUUUAUUAAUUACAUCUAUUUAAUUAAUAAUAUUUAAGAUAAAUAAAAUUAUUUAUAAGAUUAAUAUAUUUUGUAAAUAAUAAUAAGUUUAGAAUACAUGUAAAUUGCAUUGAACUUCUAAAAUGAUAUUUUUAUAUAAUACAAAGUGUCAAAAUAAUACUCUUUAUAAAACAGAAAAGUUACAAUUUUGAUCAUAAAUGAAUAGAAUAGACAUAUUUCAUUUUUAUCCCACAAUUUUUUUAAUAGUGUUUUUAGCUAAAAUUACUUACAUUUAGAAUCAGAUGGAGUGUAUACCAUUUACAGCCAUAAUUCAAAUUAUGAAUUGCUUCGAUGUAAUGUUAAAACUAGCUGCAGCAAUGAAAAAAUAUCAGAAAUUUAAAACGAAUCAAAGAGAAGGCACACAAUGAUUAUUAAACAACUAAUUACGAUUAUUUAAAAACUAAUUCUUAUUUGGGAAACUAAACAUCAAAUCUACUUUUUCAGUGUCUUUUUGUCUGUCACUUGCUUCUAUAUUCCCUUUCCUUAAAAAUAUAACAACCGUCUCUAAUUCAAGACAACCUAUUCGAUACUCAUUAUUAUAUUCAAGAAUAGCCUUAUUUAAUUCAAGAAAAAAAAAGACUAUAACAACUAUCUAAUCGAAUUAAAAAAUGAAAAUUCGCAAAAGUAACCAAACAUUAAAAUUUAUUUAGUUGAUUGUGUCACUUACGUUUUCCAUGUCCUCUGGUGGUGAUCAGGGGCGAAGCUAGGAAAUAUAUCUAAUGGGUGCACUAUUAGUAAUAAAAACAAAAAUAGGUAGACAGUGAGAAUUGAAUCUGAGCUGAUGAGGGUGCACUGCAUCACUUUUCCACUGGAACCAACAGGUUUUCAACACUUUCUUUAACAAAAUUUAUUUUAUAUAAAAUGUUAUGGGUGCACAGGCCUCCAUAUACUAUAUACCCGAAAACCGAACCGAAAAAACCGGGACCGAAACCGGACCGAAAAUUAUAAAAACCCGAACGGUUCCUAUAUUUCUAAAUCUGAAAAACCGAAAGCGAACCGGGAUCGAACCGAGAACUGAACGGGUACCCAAAUAUUUUGAAUAUAUUGAAUUUUUUAUUAUUUUAAAUUUUAAUAUAUAUAAAAUAUAAUUUAUAAAUAAAAAAAUAUCUAAAAAAAUCCGAACUACCUGAAUAACCCGAAUAUAUUUUCGGUUUUUUCCGGGUUUAGCUCAGGUUUUUGGGAUUUUUUCGGUUUUUGGGUUUUAAACUCGAACCAAACCCAAAUUAUUUGUAAUACAGUUCCAUUUCGGGUUUUAUAAAAAAAUAGAAAUCCGACCCGAACCCGACAUUAUCCGAACCGAACCGAUCCAAAAAAUGUCCGGUUCCUAAACGGUUCCUAAACAUCCCAAUCCGAGUAACCCGAAAACCGAAUAAGCUGAACCGACUUGAACCGAAAACCCGAAUGCCCGGCACUAGGUGGUGAUAUGGAAUAUGUUAGUCAUGAGCUCAAUUCUCAUUAGACACUAAACUAUUGCUAUUUGGCUAGUUUUGGUUUGAGUUUCGCUUAAGUAAUUAAUAUGAUAGGUUAUAACAGAUAAUCGAUCUACUCUUUAGUAUUAGUCAAAAAAUAUUUAAACUUGAAUCAAAUAGUAUUAAAUGUGUACUUUCUACCGGAACGACUGAAUAGUUAAUAGGUUUAUAAGAAAAAUUGGAGUAAUGUUAAAUGAGUAUUGGGCUCUUAAUGUUCUCUGACUAUUCUUUCGGGCUUUUCCUUCAGAAUUAUGAACUUCGUAUCACCUCGAGAGGCCAUGCCCAUUCAUUUGAGUGAAGUUUGUAUUACUUUUCUUGGUCAUAUAUUUGGAUAUAUAUAUAUAUAUAUAUAUAUAUACUAUUAUUGAAAGAAUACAUAUAUAUUUUAAAAAGAGUUAUACACAUUUCAUACGCAAGAGAAAUAUCCAAAUUAACACAUACUUUUUUAUUUUUGUUAAACAACACAUACUUUUUAUAAAC